UUCUCCGCCAGUAUAGUGUGACCACUUGUCUUUAACGGGACUUUUGGUAUGUCAACUGGAAAGACAAUCAACCACACUAAUUGCAUCAGUUUUUUUUUUAGCACAAAACUAAAGGUAAGGAGCCCACGGCGGAUCCGAAGAACCAAAAACCGGCGAGGCGCAGCUCCCCAGUGAGCCAAUUCCAUGCGAGAGAACGAGUGGGCAGGAACCACUACGAAAAAGUCAUCAAUUAUAUAGGCCACUGUUUUUUGGAGCCAUGAAGAGCGUGUUGAUGGUGGCCGAGAAGCCCUCACUGGCGGCCUCGCUGGCGGGGAUUCUGUCCAACGGCCGGUGCACGGUUAAAAGAGGCACCGGCAACGGCUGCUCCACGCAUGAGUGGACGGGAAACUUUCGAAACGAAGGCAGUGUCCACUUCCGGAUGACCUCCGUUUGCGGACAUGUAAUGUCACUGGAUUUCAUUAGCAAGUACAACUCGUGGAACAAAGUGGAUCCCGUGCAGCUUUUUGGCUGUCCCACUGAAAAGAAGGAAACAAAUCCCAAGCAGCACAUGCGCACCUUCCUGGCGAACGAGGCACGCGGUUGCGAUUAUUUGGUUCUUUGGCUGGAUUGCGACAAGGAGGGCGAAAAUAUUUGCUUUGAGGUAAUGGACGCCGUGCAGCAUGUCAUUCACAAUGUGUACAGCAGGCAGGUGACGUACCGUGCCCACUUCUCGGCUAUCACGGACAAGGAUAUCAAAGCAGCGAUGGAGACGCUGGGGCAUCCCAACGAGAACGAGGCGAAAUCGGUGGAUGCGCGACAAGAGUUAGAUCUGCGGAUUGGCUGCGCCUUUACCCGCUUCCAAACAAAGUUUUUUCAGGACCGCUACGGUGACCUGGACUCUUCGCUUAUUUCCUACGGUCCCUGCCAGACGCCAACGCUUGGGUUCUGCGUGAAGCGGCACGACGACAUCCAGACUUUCAAGCCGGAAACUUUCUGGUACCUACAACUACUCGCCGGCCAGCCGGAAUUCACGCUGGAUUGGGCGCGAGGUCGGGUGUUUAAGAAAGACAUCGCUAUAAUGCUGCUGAAUCGCGCCAAGGAGCACAAGGAGGCCACCGUAGAGAGUGUAGGCAGCAAGGAAGCUUACAAGAGCAAACCGCAGGCUUUAAAUACCGUGGAGCUGAUGAGGAUCUGCAGCUCCGGGCUGGGCAUCGGCCCGUUCCAGGCGAUGCAGAUAGCAGAGCGCCUGUACACGCAGGGCUACAUCAGCUAUCCGCGAACGGAGACCAAUCAGUAUCCGGCUAACUUCGACUUGCCAGCCGUGCUCCAUGUGCUGAAGCCAUCAGGGGACUUUGGUGAGGAGGCUCGUGCCAUUCUGGGUGAAAUGCAGACGCCGCGAAAUGGCAAGGAUGCCGGAGACCAUCCACCGAUUACGCCCAUGAAACUGGGUAACCGCAGUGACUUCGAUCGCGACACAUGGCGCGUUUACGAGUUCAUCUGCCGGCACUUUAUGGGCACCGUGUCGCGGGAUCUGAAGUAUCGCGUGACGACGGCCAAGCUGCGCGUAGGCCAGGAAACCUUUAGCUGUACGGCCAAUGUGUUGAUCGAUGCCGGAUUCACAAAGGUAAUGACCUGGCAGGCCUUCGGACGGGAUGAGGCGAUGCCGCCUUUUGUCCAGGGCACUCAGGUGGCCAUCAACGAUGUGCGGCUGGCCGAAAGUCAGACGGGUCCGCCCGACUACCUUACCGAAUCGGAGCUGAUUACACUGAUGGAGCAGCACGGGAUCGGCACGGAUGCCUCGAUACCGGUGCACAUCAACAACAUCUGCCAGCGCAACUACGUGCACAUUGAAAAUGGCCGAAAACUAAUUCCCACAACACUGGGCAUUGUGCUGGUGCACGGCUAUCAGAAGAUCGAUCCGGAGCUGGUGCUGCCCACCAUGCGAACGGAGGUGGAGCGUAUGUUGACGCUGAUUGCGCAGGGAUCUGCUGACUUUCAGGAUGUUCUGCGCCACGCCAUCCAGAUCUUUAAGUUGAAGUUCAUGUACUUUGUUAAGAACAUCACCAGUAUGGACGCGCUAUUCGAGGUCUCCUUCUCGCCACUGGCCGAGUCAGGCAAGGCGCAUUCGCGCUGCGGGAAAUGCAGGCGCUACAUGAAAUACAUUCAGACGAAGCCAGCGAGGUUGCACUGCUCCCAUUGCGACGAGACGUACGCCCUGCCUAUUGGAAAUGUCAAGGUGUAUCGGGAGUUCAAGUGUCCACUGGACGACUUCGAUCUGCUGGCCUUCUCCACAGGCGUCAAGGGUCGGUCGUAUCCGUUCUGCCCGUACUGCUACAACCAUCCGCCGUUCAGCGACAUGCCUCAUUUGGGGGGCUGCAACACUUGCACGCACUCCACCUGCCCGCACUCGCUAAACACUUUGGGCAUCUCCGGCUGUGUGGAGUGCCCCACCGGCGUUCUGGUGCUUGACUGCACGCUGGCACCCACCUGGAAGCUGGGCUGCAACCGCUGCGAUGUAAUCAUCAACUGUUUCAAGGGAGCCACCAAGAUCACAGUCGAAGAGGCCAAGUGCCAGGAGUGUGGCGCCCAGCAGGUUAACGUGGUCUACAAAUCCGACAAGAGCAAGUUCAAGGACGGCAGCGAGGAGAAGAGUGGCUGCAUCUUCUGCUCCAGUGAUUUUUCCCACCUGGUGGAAAAGCAUCGGGCGGUCGCUUCGCGACCUGUUCGCAGUGGCGGCGGAUCCAGGGGCGGAAAAGUGGGACGUGGCGGCGUGGGAGUCGGUGGACCAGCUGGAGCCGCUGGUGGAGCGACUGCAUCUGGUGUCGGAUCUGGUCCUGGUGGCGGAGGUCGUGGCGGACGCGGCGGCCGACAGCCCAAAGAUAAAAUGGCCCAGUUGGCGGCAUAUUUUGUUUGAGGACUCUGGAUUGCAUUUACAACAAAUAACAAAACAAAAACACAAAAACCGAAGAAAAUAAACGAAUUUUUUAUAAAGAAAA